AUGCUCCUUGCAGGUGGGAACGCCGUUGAUGCCGCUGUUGCCGCCGCCUUUGCGGAAGGUGUUGUUGAGCCUUCGCACAACGGUAUCGCGGGCUACGGGGGUUGUGUUCUUAUCUAUCGCAAGAAAACGCAAGAUGUUAUCGCGAUAGACUAUAACACUGCUGCACCGGCUGCCACCUCUGAAGAUAUGUUUACGAUUGAAGAGGCUCCCGACGCACCUGCCGGCUACAGGGUGCCGGGACGCGUAAACGUUCAUGGACCGUUGUCUAUAGGUGUACCGGGGGUCGUCGCUGGCUUAUGCUUAGCUUUAGAAGAGUUCGGAAGUCUGCCACUCACGGAUGUCCUCCGACCAGCCAUCAAUUCUGCCCGCUACGGCUAUGCUCCGAACAGCGCGAACCGCGGUGGGAUAGCAGGAAAUGCCGAACGAUGGAAACAGGACUUCCCUGAAACGGCACGGGUCUUUCUCAAAAAUGGUAGACCGCCGAAGAAAGGGGAAACACUCACUAAUCCUGAACUCGCCCGAACCCUGGAGGCAGUCGCUGAAGGCGGACACGCCGCAUUCUAUGAAGGUGCAAUAGCCGAAACAAUAGCAAACCACAUUCAAGAAUUAGGCGGAUGUCUAACCGUGGACGACCUCAAGAACUACCGCCCCAUCAUCACGCAACCUUACAAAAUUCAGUAUCGAGGCUACUCGGUCUAUACCGCACCGCUCGGAGCAGGUGGACUGACCACCUUACAGAUGCUCCGGUUGGUGGAGGGAUUUGACGUGGCAGCGAUGUCCGUCUCUGAAAGGUUUCAUCUGUUCGCUGAAGCCAUGAAAGUCUGCUGGCCCGAAAGACUCCGUCGAUUCGGGGACCCAACUUUCGUUGACAUAGAUAUCGAAACGGAACUCUCCGAUAGUUUCACCGCUACACUCAGCGAAAAACUGAGGGCGGGGCUUGAAUUACCUCAACCGGGGGAGAUCGUCUACCAUGAACCGAUGAACUGUACGAGUCACAUCUCUACUGCGGACGCACACGGGAAUAUGGUAUCCCUUACACAAACGCACGGCGGUGGAUUCGGUUCAAUGGUGACAGUGCCGGGAACAGGACUCCUCUUCGGACACGGUGUCGGACGUUUCGACCCAAGACCAGGGAUUGCGAACUCAGUAGGACCCGGCAAACGUCCACUUCACAACAUGGCUCCAUUUCUCGCCACGCGAGAUGGUAACCCUUUCGCCACUUACGGUAUUCCCGGCGGCAGAACUAUCCCGAACAAUCAGCUUAACAUUAGUGUUAAUCUCUUCGAUUUGCGGGUGCCGAUGCAAAGCGCACUGGACGCGCCGCGGAUCCAUACAGACGGAGCUGAACCGAUCCAAGUCGAACCUCGUGCAGGCGAAGAGCGCUCGCAGCACUACGGGAACUCGGACACGAGGUUACCCCAAGUGCAGGCAUCGGAGGUCCAGGACACGGUGUCCGCGUCUCGGACGAUGGAACUCACCACGAUGGUGGCACGGAUCCGCGCGGUGAAGGUAAGGUAA